AUGAGGGUGCUGGGAAUCCCAAGUAAACUAGUGCGCCUGGUUGAGGCUACUAUGUGUAACUCCAAAUCGGUAGUUUAUAUACAAAAUGACAUAUCGGACCCAUUCGAAAUACGCUCAGGAGUAAGGCAAGGAGAUGCCCUAUCUACUGUUGUCUUCAACCUUACGCUAGAGGCAGCCAUCCGAAACGUAGGAGUAAAAGGGCUCUUAGACUAUAACACCAGUCAGCUAGCCGCCUAUGCGGAUGAUAUCGUUAUCACAAGCAGGUCUCAAAGCAGCAUGAUCAGACACACCACAACUCUCCAGAUGGAAGCGGCAAAGUAUGGAUUGAUGGUUAACGCAAGCAAAACGAAGUACCUUCAUACGAGUAGCACGCGCAACCCUCGUCCACUACAGGAUGUCACCAUUGGGGAUGAUACAAUUGAAGGAGUCAACAGCUUUAAGUACCUGGGGUCGAUACUGUCCAGCCGGAAUAAGGUUGGAGUUGAGGCGAAUGCCACCUAUGGGUGUGAAGCAUGGUCACUAACAACUUUGGAAACCCAAAAGCUCGCCGUGUUUGAGAGGAAAGUUCUACGCAAAGUGUUUGGGCCAGUGAAAGACGCAGACGGUGACUACCGUAUACGCAUGAAUCACGAGCUGGAGGCACUCAUGAACCGUGAAACAAUCGUCCGAUUCAUCAAGUCACAGCGUCUGAGAUGGGCUGGGCAAAUCCUGAACUAA